AAUAUUAUAAAUACAUUAUAAAAUUUAAAUCACUUUUGGUGUAGGUAACUGUAUACAUAAGGUUUUCUAUGAUACAUAAUAUAACCUAAAAUUCGGUUUGUUGUACGAACAGAAGAUUUGAAAUUUGUGAAGCGAUACAAUGGCAGAUGAUUUAGAAAAUCUUCCUUCCAUAACCGUUAAAGAACCGCUGGACUUGGUUAGAUUGAGUUUAGAUGAAAGAAUCUACGUUAAAAUGAGAAACGACCGAGAAAUUCGUGGUAGAUUACAUGCUUAUGAUCAACAUAUGAAUAUGAUUCUUAGUGAAGCAGAAGAAACUAUUACUACUGUGGAAAUAGACGAAGAAACUUAUGAAGAAGUUUACAGAACAACAAAAAGAAAUAUACCAAUGCUGUUCGUAAGAGGUGAUGGUGUUAUUUUGGUGUCUCCACCAAUGCGUACCUCUUAAUAGUUUUUAGGUUUGUGACAUGUAAUUCUUUAAAGCAAUAUAAGUUGUAUUAAAUUGUUUUUAUAAUAUUAAUAUAUAAAUGAUUGAAUAUCUUGGAAAUCCAAUGUAAUUAUAAAUAAAUAAAAUAUUGUCUUUAUAAAUAA